UUCUUGCAUUAGCAUUUGCUCAUCCAUGAGCUGCGAAAGAGACGGUAAUCACCUCGUGGACGACUGUCAACUGUUGAUAUACAGAAUAAAUAGGAAUCACUAGAUGUGCCGGCCAAAGUAUUUUUGCUUCCCUCACUCCUAGACUGAUUUUGCUCACUGUAACCAUCUAUAUAAGUAUAUACUCCUCAGUCCUCACACCAACACACACACAUUUUUAGACCUAUAGUGAAUUCCGGUCAGAAAAAUGGAAACCACCGAUGAGGAGCAACGUAAAACCGCCGCCCUGAAAAGGUUGCUGCUCAUUCUGAGCUGCGUGCUCUUAUCCAUAGGCAACUGCGGCGGCCCUUUAAUAAUGCGCCUCUACUUCAUCCACGGGGGUCAGCGUGUCUGGCUUUCGAGCAUGCUGGGAACCGGUGGCUGGCCCAUAAUCCUCGUCCCAAUAGUCAUCGCCUACUACCACCGUCGCAAAAACGAAGCUCCAACCGAACCACCGACCAAGCUCUUCCUCAUGAAGCUCCCUCUCUUCUUUGCCUCCGCCGUCAUCGGCGUCAUAACCGGCCUUGACGACUACCUCUACGCCUAUGGUGUUGCACGCCUCCCUGUCUCCACCUCAGCCCUAAUUAUUGCGGCACAGCUGGCUUUCACGGCCUUGUUUGCCUUCAUACUCGUGAAGCAGAAGUUCACGUCGUAUUCGAUAAACGCGGUCGUGCUGCUGACGAUUGGGUCGGCGGUUCUUGGCCUGAACACGAGCUCGGACCGGCCCAUGGGAGAGUCCAACAUGCAGUACAUGGUGGGGUUCAUGAUGACGGUGGCCGCGGCUGCGUUGUAUGGGUUUGUGUUGCCGUUGGUGGAGUUGAUGUACAAGAAGGCCAAGCAGAACAUCACGUAUGCUUUGGUUUUGGAGAUUCAGAUGGUUAUGAGUUUGUUCGCUACCAUUUUUUGCCUGGUUGGGAUGCUGGUCAACAAUGACUUCAAGGUAAUUCCAAGAGAAGCGAGAAAUUACAAGCUCGGGGAAACUACGUACUACGUGGUGCUCGUAGUGAGUGCAAUAAUCUGGCAGGCUUUCUUCCUGGGAGCCAUAGGAAUCAUCUUCUGUGCCUCAUCUCUGCUCUCCGGCAUCGUAAUCACUGUUCUGCUACCGGUAACAGAGAUCUUGGCUGUGAUUUUUUACAACGAAAAAUUCCAAGCAGAAAAGGGGGUUUCUCUUGUACUCUCCCUCUGGGGUUUUGUCUCGUACUUCUACGGCGAGAUAAAACACAACAAGGAAAGCAAGCAGAUUAAGGAAAAGGAAAACAACAAAUCCAGUGGUACAACAGACACAGAAAACCCUCAGUUACAGGGGCGGAACCUUAUAGCAUGA